UUUGCGGGUUUGAUUUUUAUUACACGAUGUUAUUCCUUCACCGUGGAAGUCAAUCGUGAACAUUUGUUGAGUACGUAUUUCAUUAGAAAAAUUGGUACCCGCCUGCGGGAUUCGAACACCGAUGCAUCGCUUCAACACGAAUGCACCGGACGUCUUAUCCUUUAGGCCACGACGACUGCAGUAAACUCCUAAAAUGAAAAAAGUAAUACAGAAGUUUUCAGGGCUUCACUCGUUUAUUAUUGAAAUAUAGUCGUGUGCGGGUGAUCGUGUGCCAAGCAAGAUAAGCAAGCGGUUACAUCAGACAAAGGCGCGUGCCAGCGGAUUCGAUCGCACGCUAUAAAAGCACUCGCACAACACCGGACACCUCAUUCACAAGUCGCGGGUUCUAGAUGACAAGACAAUAUUAAUUCGUGGCAAUGGUAUACGCUCUCAUGCAUCAUCUAAACAUUGCGAAGAAUAAGCUAAAAUACGAACAACUGUGGCAUAGUGACAAUUGGUGUGACAGUCAUUCCCCGAGAUUCGAACAUCAACAAAGAUAACACGAAACCUUCAGAUCGAGUGCAUUGAUUAAAAGAACCACAAGUCUGCAAUAGAUCAAUUGUGCUGAGACCGCGUUAAGAAACGAACAAGCUCUACAAAUCACUGAGGACGAAGGAGUUCGAAUAUUAAUUUAAAGUUGAACGCAAAGAUGACGACGGUACAUACUACCAACGAAGUGAAUUUGUCAGCACCCACGCCAAAUCAGGACGCAGAUUUGGAUCUAAUGGCGCUAACUAUGGCAGCCUUACGCUUUGUCAAUCCUUGGUCAGUUAACACGGAGCAGAAACAGUGGACUGAAGUGGUACCAGGCUCACCUGAAGCCAAGGACCGCACAAUUACUUUGGCAGAAGUUGCCCACCAUGACACCCCCGAUGAUUGUUGGAUAGUUAUUUAUGAUCGUGUCUAUGAUAUAUCGACAUUCUUAGACGAGCAUCCUGGCGGUGGCGAUAUAAUGUUGGAGUACGCAGGCCGAGACGCAAGCACGGCUUUCAGGAGUUCUGGGCACUCUCGCAUGGCUGUUAAGGCUCUAGAUCGAUUUCUAGUCGGAGAACUGCCCCUACAGGAACGCUUGUACCGACGCCCGGGUGGUAUUAAGCUUAGCGAUAUACCCGAAUGACCUGGGAUGGUAUUUAUUGAAAAUAUAAAAUAAAUGAAUAUUUUUAAUGAAAGAAAUAUUAUUAAUAUGAAAGUAGUAUAUUUGGUGGCGGAUGAUUUCACAGAAAUUACUGUGAACGCUUUUAAUUAAAUUUGUUUUUAUUUAAUCAUAUUCAGACAAUUAUUGUUGUUUUAAUAAACUUUUUUGAUAAAUAUAUUUAAUUAAGUCUUAAAUUGGAUUUAAGUGAAGCUAUUUUUACUGGUUAUACUUUGGAUAAUAGGUUUUCCUUCCAAUGGUACUUAACGUAUGACCUGUUAAUAUUCUUUAGCACAAUAUAGAUUAUAAGAUUAUGAUAUAAGUAUAUGCAUUUAUUUAUUUUGUGUAUCUUAUUAUUACAGUGUUAGGUCAGUAUUAAAAACUACUAUUUUGCAUAUUUUCUAUCAAGUAAGCUUGUCAAAAAUGUUCCUACUUUAAUGUUUAAUCAAUUAAAUGCUAUACACUAAUA